AGGUCAGUAUGCAGCCGACAGAAGGUGCUAGUGGACGCUUUUCCUCCCAACACGUGACGAGGGAGUCGGUAGGGACUCCCAGUGUGGAUAGCAGCAUUGCUUGUCUAAACACCAGUUAACCACAACAAACUUGACAACUGAAGGUUUCAAUGGUGUUGGCUUGAUGGAAUCCAAGCGGGUGGCAGAGUGAUGGUCUAAGGACUCGCAGUCACGGAGGUGCUUGCGCGUGGAAUGUUGCGCUGGUCGGUGCACCUAGAAGGAGGGCCGCGGAGAGUCAACCAUGCUGCUGUGGCGGUGGGGCACAAGGUGUACUCCUUUGGAGGCUACUGCUCUGGGGAGGACUACGAGACACUCCGUCAGAUUGAUGUGCAUGUCUUCAACACAGUGUCUUUGCGCUGGAUGAAGUUGCCUCCACUGAGGACAGGAGGACAUGAACGCGCCCGUGAAGUGCCAUAUAUGCGUUAUGGCCACACAGCUGUGCUAUUGGAUGAUAUUAUCUACCUCUGGGGUGGGCGUAACGACACAGAAGGGGCCUGCAAUGUGCUUUAUGCCUUUGAUGUCAACACCCACAGAUGGUUCACACCCAAGAUUUCGGGUACUAUUCCAGGGGCAAGGGAUGGCCACUCGUCCUGUGUCCUGGGGAAGGCAAUGUAUAUAUUUGGAGGAUAUGAGCAGCUGGCGGACUGCUUCUCCAAUGACAUCCACAAGCUGGACACCACAACCAUGGUUUGGUCAUUAAUUAAUGCCAGGGGCACUCCGGCACGCUGGAGGGACUUCCACUCAGCCACCAUCAUCGGGACAAAGAUGUUUGUGUUUGGAGGGCGAGCCGACCGCUUUGGUCCCUUCCACUCCAACAACGAGAUCUACUGCAACAAGAUCAAAGUGUUCGACGCAGAGACCAACUGCUGGCUGAGCACCCCUUCAACACAGCCGUUGCCAGAGGGACGCAGGAGUCACUCAGCCUUUUCCUACAAUGGGGAGCUGUAUAUAUUUGGCGGAUACAAUGCACGCAUGGACCGGCACUUCAACGACCUCUGGAAAUUCAAUCCAGAAGCCUUUUCCUGGAAGAAGGUAGAACCGAAAGGGAAAGGCCCAUGUCCACGGAGACGACAGUGCUGUUGUAUAGUUGGAGAACGAAUUAUCCUCUUUGGAGGAACCAGCCCCUGUCCAGAGCAAGGAAUGGGUGAUGAAUUUAACCUCAUGGAUCAUUCAGACCUGUAUAUCUUAGACUUCAGCCCUAAUUUGAAGACGUUAUGCAAAAUAGCUGUUAUUCAGUACAGUCUGGAGCAGUCAGGACUCCCACAUGAUAUCAGGUGGGAACUGGCAGCCAUGACCACCAACAGCAACAUCAGCAGGCCCAUCUUCUCCUCCCAUGGCUGACACGGCAGAAUGUGAAGCAGAACUAGGACUGAGGACGCUGAGCUUUUAUCUUUCUAAUCAACCGAGCUCCAACAGACAGUUUUUGCAAAAGUUUGGAUCUGUAUGGGAUAUAUUUUCCACAUUCUUCAAGUGAAAACUCCUCACUGACCAAAAUAUUCUCCGUAUGACUUCCUUGGACACCAUGAGCCCUCUCAUGUAUAAGGAUAUUUUAAACCUUGAUACACUGGUUACAUGUGACAGAAAAAGUUGACACCUGUUCACAUUUUUGUCUUCUUUCUAGCCUCUCUAGAAAUCCAAUCAGCCUAUGAUAAUCAUAGACUUCUAAUCUUAAACACAGGUAGAGACAAGAACUUCAGCCAAAGGUCUUGGGAGCCAACCUCUUUGUUGUGGAUGUCGUCCUGAUGUCCCACUCGACAGAGCUCCCCUAAGAGACUAAUGUGAGCAUUCUGUUCCAGAUAAAAAGAGACCGAGAUGGUCACGAGUUUGUAUAUCUUGCAGGUCUAACUUUGUCAUAAAACCAUGUCAAACUACCAUGUCCAUUUGCGGGAAAUGAAGAUAUGUACACGGAUUGGACGUGACUAACUUAUUACUUUGGCGUUAAAUGCAAGGAGAAAGAGUAUAGGGUUUAUAGUGGUAUGCUUGUGAAAGGUUCCAUUUGAGUGACUUUCGAAGCUUACCUUGUUCCCUACUUCACCAUAACAUGGCGAGCACCUUUCUGCUCUCAAGUGUCUCAAAGGUGAUUUGCAGGGCGACUGAAGCGAGCCGUCUGUCCGCCUUGUAAAAUAAUCAAGUCCAUCUACCUCCCUCAAUAGCAUGUAUCAUUGGGUCUUUAAUAAGACUAGGUAAGACUAAUGACCCCCCCCCCACCCCACCCACACACACAGAAACAAAAAGCCUUUUCACACAGAAGUUUGUAUUCAAGUUCUAGUCCUAGUGUCACUGGAAGAGUGUGACUCACCUGCCAGCUGCCACACCACCCCACCCCUUAACCCUGUCGUUUGUUUUUCAGUGCCAAAUGUAGAAGGGAAUCAUGAUGCAAAUAUAUACUGUGUAUGUGUGUAAGCACAUGGCCCCGUCUACACAUAAUCCCAGCCCAGCUGUUUCAGUUUGCCUGUUGUGGGGGAGAUGAUCACUAAUAUGCAUAAUGUAGUUGUUACACUUAUAGACAAUCCUACAGCGAUCAGAGACUCUUCUCAUGACCACGGUACGGUGAAAAAUAACAGAAAAGUGUGCAUGUGUGUUUGACUACAAAGCAAAGCUAAACCUGAGCAGAUUAUUAACGCAUAAGGGCUUACACACUCGCCACACAGCUGGGAAAUGACUUGGAAUGGCUCAAAUUGGGGAUGUUUAUUCAGGUUGUGUGUUUUUAUUCUGAUUGCAAAUUUUAGAACAAAACUUUUAAAACAGGAGUGGUGGUGGUUUUUUUUUUUUUUUUUUAAAGCAUCUCUUGUAAUCUCCAUCCACUUUAGUCAAAGGAUAAGGUUGGUGAUAUUCUAUAUUUUUGACAUAGUCAACAAAUCCCAUAAAGACCAAAACCUCCGAUGUGUUAGUCCAUCUCUCAACACAUCCCUACCCUGUCUGUGGCCAACCUGAGGUUAAUUCAUUUCCUUAAACCGCUGGUCACUGUAGUUUUUAACAGUUGUUACUCAAACAGAGCUAAAAAAGCAUUUUUAGGAACUUUUUUUCAGUCGAAAAUUUGGUGCCCUCGACGGACUUGGGCAGCAGGACGAUGUGUUUACUUUGAGUCGAUAUUAAACUAAAGUGGCCUUGGUCAUUGUAAUCCAGUACAGUGCUGUGGCUCAUUUACAGAAUAAGUUAAUAGUUUUUGGAUGACAUUUAAAAGUCUAUGGAGUAAGAUAUACCAGGCUUUGGAUACACAGACAAUACUUGUUGGAUUAAUUCAUUGUUGGUUUUGGUCUUUUUAUGGAAUUGUUAACUGAAAGAAAAAUACAAAAUAUCACUCAUCUUUUGAAUCUUACAUACAAGAAUAAUAAGUAAUACGGCAUGAUGUUGAAAUGUUUGACUUGGUGAGGAUGAAUAUACAGGCAAAAAAAGUUGUAUUUAUACUGCCUAUUUAUUUUGAUGUGAAUAGGAACUGUUACCACACACUUGUGACCUGUAUCAAUGCUUUUCACUCCUGGUCUUUGGGACCAUGUGUUUUCUGUCCGGCCAGAUAGUUCCAUUGAAUCUGUAUCAGUCAGUUUCUGAUUAGCUGGUUAGAAUUAAACCCUUCAGGGCUCUAAGUCCCAAACAUCAGGAUUGGAUAACACUGUCCUACAAAGUAAAUGUUUACAAAUCUGUGCAUUUCAUGUGAAGCAGUGUAAACAAUCUUAAACACCAGAUAACUGCACUAAAGCCAAUCGUGGCAUGUCAGGCCUUACAGGGAAGAGACAUGUUGAUGCUGCUCUUUGCCUCCGCAGAGUUCCAGAUGUUUGCCUGCCCAAACCAUGUCUGAAUUUUAUUAUAGACCGGUGGUGCCAAUGUGACUCAUAUGGACAUAUCGCACACUUGCUAUUCCUCAGUACCCCAGUUACUUGGACUAUACAACAGCUAAUGCAGUGAAACCACAGGGAAGCUAAUCACAAAAGAAACUACCGGUGAACAAAUCAAACUGUUUAUGUGACACCAAAUGGCCGUUGGCAAAACUGCUGUUAUUAGUUGUUUGUUUUUUUUCCCUUUUUUUUUUUUCUAAUGUGUGGUUAGGGCUAGUCAUUUUUAUUUCAGGAAGAUAAUGGGUGAUGCCAUUUUCAGUCAAGAAGUUUUCAGGAAUAUGACAUAAGUAAUAAGUAAAUGACAAUGUAGACACUAUUGUCAAAAAUAAAAUACCUGCACAACAAAUUUCCUCAGUGAUGGUCACUCACUUACCCUAAAUAUGUUACAUUUUUAGUGGCAGUGAUGUAAAAACUACAGUUUUUGAGGCUUCCCUGUUAUUUCUCAUUGAAUUUUGUGACAGGGCGUCACCAAGUAGCUGCUCAAACUUUGCAGGGUGACUCUGGCUUUAUCAAAAUAGCAUUUGUCAACUGAGAAAAAAACUGUCAAAAGGGCAUCAUUAAAUUAAAACACUCAUAAAGUUAUUCAGUGUGAGCGGUAAUUAUUUGCCAAGCAGAAGUACGUGACCCAACUGAUUUCAUGCCAAGAAGUGUAUUCUAACUUUAAGGCUUUACACUAUAUGGUUGGAUAAUUCAUAAACAACAUAGAAUGCUUGGGGAAAAUAGAACAAAGUGUGGACUGUAUUUGGAUUCAAUUUACACCUGUGCAAGCGCCCUAUGCUUACUGUUUUUAUUUUGUAUUUAACACAUUUUUCAGAGGGUUGGUCAGGACUUCCUGUGCAAUAUACUUUAUUACUGUAUCAAGAAUAAAUCUGAGAACAUUACAUUUGUCAUUUUAAA